UUCAGUUCCGUGCUGACUGCAGAGCUGCAGUUUGGAGCUUAAACCUUUGUGUUAGAAACUAAGAACUGGCUUGAGAUCAGUAUUAAACCUCGUCGGCGAGCUGACGGUGUUCCUGCACGGCCCAGCGUCCACUCAGAAAUAAAUUUACAUUAUUAUUAACGUUUAGCUGAAUGUUUGCAGUGUGAGUUAGUUUAACAGCUGCUUAAUAGUGUAAGCUUGACCAGAAAUGGCUGUUUGGUGCAGCUUUCUUGGCUGAUGAGAGAAAGCAGUGGGUGUGGCCUGGUGUGAGUGACAGGUCAUGGCCAGUCAGUGCAGCAGUGUGGACUCGAGAGCCACAGCAAGGGUCGUAGGCUCCGUCAGCUCCACGCCCAUAUGUGCCCGCAUCGAUUCCUAUGAAGGUGUGGAAAAGAAGUGCAUCUCUGACCUCCGAAGAACCUUCUGCCUGUUUGUGACCUUUGAUCUUCUCUUCAUCACUCUGCUCUGGAUCAUUGAGCUCAAUGUCAGUGGAGGAAUAAAGGAACAGCUGAGAAAAGAAGUGUUGGAAUAUGACUACCACAAUUCCUUUUUUGACAUUUUUAUAUUGGCUGUGUUCCGAUUUGCAACCUUGAUCAUGGCAUAUGCAGUAUGUAGACUGCGUCACUGGUGGGUCAUUGCGAUAACAACAGCGAUCACCAGUGGUUUCUUAAUUGCAAAAGUUAUUAUAUCAAAGCUGCUCUCUAAGGGGGCAUUCGGUUACCUGCUACCUAUCACCUCCUUUAUCCUGGUGUGGAUAGAGACGUGGUUCCUAGAUUUCAAAGUUCUCCCACAGGAAGCCAUUGACGAAAACAGGUAUCUAGCAAUUCAGAGCAUCAAUUCCGAGAGAGCUCCACUCAUACUCCCAGGGCCUCUCUCAGAAGGACAGUUCUACUCUCCGCCAGAGUCUGUCGUAGAUUCUGAAGAAGAUCCUGAUGACAAGCAUGACCUUGAGAAACCCAUCGUCUAGCAGAUGUUGGAAUGUCCAAUAUCGCUUUGUGUAAAGUGUGCACGUGUGUGUUUGUGUGUGUGUGUGAGAGAGAGAGAGAGAGAGAGAGAGAGAGAGUGUCUCUUGGUUGCUCAGGGGUAAUCAGCACUGUGCCAUCACUGAGGUCUCGGCAUGUGUGACCCUGCCUUGAGCUGAGUUUUAGUUUCUGUGUUUUAUCAUCCAAGUGAUCUUGACAGCCACUCUGGUUUCACCAUUGCCAACAUUGUUCUUCAGCCUGACCUUAUUCUCAGUCCAGCACUCCGUUGUAAUCCAUUUACACAGAACAAUCCAGUGAGAAUCAUGUUCGUUUGUUUUAAUUGAUACGAUACCAGACACCGUGGUGCACGUCCAUGUUGUUUUUGGAUUUGAUCAUGAACAAAUAUCAAGGUUAAAAAUGAACAGCUGUUUGCCUUUGCUUUUCAGCAUGUGCCGAAACACUUUGACGUUUUUUUUUUUUUUUGGUCCACACUUGUUUACGGCUCUACAGUUGCAAAUGGCUGCAAUUGUGACUUCCUGGUGUCUUACAUAACGAGGGCCAAUGAUGCCCUUGUUUUCCAUUAACUGGAGUUGCAGUUGCACAGCCACAGGUUAUUGGAGUGUUCAGCAUCACAUUUAUUUACUUUGUUCUUUAUACUAUACCAUUCAAUCACCAUUUGCUGUCAGUCCUUGUAUAUGAAAGACCUUAAAAUAUAACGAUUAUAUUUGACCUAGAGCAUGUUUGCUUACCCUCAGACUAACAUGCACCAUAAAGGGCUCGCUUGAUUCUGCAUGAUCAUAAACUGUUUACUACACUUGUGUUAUACGAUCAUUUGUUCACAGUAAUAUAUGCUUGUUGUCAGUCAGUGGACAUUACAAACAUAUUACAUUCACGAGACUUUUUAGUUAUUUGAUUUUUGAGCUAAUACUUUAGGCAAGAGCUUCUGUGUAGGAGGGUUAUGUGAAACCCUCAGCCUUCGAGAUUUGAAAAUCGUUGUGUGCCAUUCAAUUUUUUUUCAUGAUAAAUGUAAAUUAAUUUGUUUUAAUUAAAGUUUCUGUUUAUUUCAGAUUA